AUGUCGCUCAAUUUCGAACACUUUGAUCCUCAAUUCGAGUUUGGUACCGUUGACAAGCAAACUGGUGAACCUGUGAGGCCACGGAAAAAGCCAGGACGCAAACCCAAUCCACCAACACCUGCACAACGCAAGGCACAAAACAGGGCAGCACAACGGGCGUUCCGUGAACGUAAAAGACGCGAGAUGCAUGAAGCAGAGAUGACUGUCAAGCGAUGUUUAUAUAUGCGCGAUCAAGCUAUACAAGAAGCUGAAGGCCUAAGGAACAAGGUGGAUGAAUUGACAUAUGAAGUCAAUUACUUGCGUGGAAUGGUGUUAUCAUACAAGUUGGCAUGUCAUGCAAAUCGUGUCGAUGUACCAAAGUGCAAUGACUUUAUGGAUGGUUCAAGCAAUAUCAAGACGACGAGUAGCACAAUUCCCCCAUCGCUGGAAGUAUUUCUCAACAACCAAAGGCGAAUCAUUGACGCGACUAUUCCAUCAUCAGCAUCAUCAGCAGCAGGAAAUGACAACCUUGAAUCGGAUAAGGAGGACAAUGACAAGGAAAACCAAGAAGAUGAUUUGUACACAGCAUUGAUCGAUGAUUCAAAAACCGACUCCAGCAGCAUCAGUGGUAUGAAUCCAGAGGAAUCAUUGCUCCAUCAUAAUGAGAUGCAACAACAACAAGAAGAAGAAAAAGUAAUCGAGGAGAAUCGACAACAGCAGGAGCGAGAUGCCGAUGGAAUGUUGGUGGAUGUGGCCGCAAUAGCACCACAAUUGGCAAAUCAUCUCGAGUCACCGUUUAUUCAGCAGUUGAUGACAGCUGACCUUGUACAACAUGGCAUGCAACAACAGCAACAGUCAGCAUUAGUGGCAGAGGUUAAGCAUUCCUUGGCAACACCAUCCAACAACAAUGCUCUCACUGGAUACCAUCAUAACAACAACAACCACCCAUCCACAUCCACACAUGGAAGAUUGAAAACAUCCAAUGACACGGCCUUGUUUCCACCUACCGAACUUCAGCGUAAUGUGGCACACGAUAACCGCAUUGACCUCAUUCCUGGUGCUGCGCUACGCGAUCACAUGAUCCUUUUCCAAGACUUUUACGAUGCCGAUGAUCUCUUUACGACUCUUGUUGAGCAAGCUGUGUUUACGGGUAGCGAGCUUGGUGAUCCAGACUGCUGGACAGUCCCACGAUCCUUCGUUCUCAAAUAUUGGUUCUUGUUACCGAAUCAUCGCCCUCUCAAGCGAACGGAUGACAUUGUUGACAUUGUGGUGGAUAGCUGUCAGCGUAUGCUCAAGCAUUUUGUUGAACACCGGAUACCCAUGUACAUUCACCACCGGGAUCAAUAUCCAGAUCAAUUUCCUUUUGAUACGGCAUCGCUCAAGCCUUCCUUCCAUUACAACAACAACAACAACCAUCAACAACAUCAUCAUCAUGAACAAGACCAGCACCAGCAACAAGUGGCUCUUAGCACCUCCAGCCUGCCGAUCAAUGUCUUGGAGCUCAUUUCACCCAACACCAAUGUCUUUGCUACUGCAUCUGGUAUCGUGACAAAUGCAUGUCAAUGA